AUGGCAUUCCCUGUGGAUGUGUUGAAUGGCUACAGUCACGAGGACUUGGAGAGCUCAGCAGAGGACUACAUGUCUGACCUUCGGUGUGGAGAUCCAAAUCGGCCUGAAUUCUUGUCCUUGCCAGACCACAGCAAAAUUCCUAUUAGCUUGUCAACUGUGGGCUUCGUUCCUCUUUAUGGUGGAGAGCAGACACACAAAGUUCUUGCUUUGUUUGCACCAGAGGACUCGCUCACAGCUGUAGCCCUGUAUCUUGCUGACCAGUGGUGGUCAAUUGAUGACAUUGUGAGAACAUCUGUACCUUCUAGAGAGGGGCUUCAGCAGGUGAAGUCUGUUGGAGAGAGGGUGGUUCUCUAUGUUCUGAAUCGAAUUAUCUAUCGGAAACAAGAAAUAGAAAGAAAUGAGAUCCCAUUUCUCUGUCAUGGUAGCAAUGACUAUGCUAAGAUCAUAUGGAAAAAAGGAGAGGCUAUUGGGUUCUAUUCUGUUAAACCUACAGGAAGUGUUUGUACUUCUUACCUUACUCAGAGUUAUCAGCUUCCAGUGUUAGACACAAUGUUUGUAAGAAAGAAACAUCGUGGAAAAGAUUUUGGGCUAAUGAUGUUGGAAGACUUUGUGGAUUCCUUUACUGAAGACGCACUUGGCUUACGAUACCCUCUGUCAUCCUUCAUGUACACAGCUUGUAAGCGCUACUUUGAGAAGUACCCUGGGGACCAUGACCUCUUAUGGGAAGUGGAGGGAGCAGGACACUGGUUCCAGCGGACUCCUAUUACCACCGUAUUGCAAAGGGAGAAGUUCAAAGUUACAGAAGAGGCCUCACAGAAGGAAAGUAUGAGCUUCCAGACAGAGGAGUAUUUCCUGCCAUCAGCAGUAGGAUCUGAGGCAAACGAACAGAACACAAAGCCAGAAACACAGCUAAGUGCUGAAUCUCAAAAAGGCAAAGAAUCAUUAGAUGUCCGUGCAAGCACAUCUGAAGAGCCUACUGUAACACCUGUUUCCAUUCGGACACGAAGCAGCCAUUUAAAACGCCCCAGGAUAGGAAAAAAUAGCCAGGAAUCUGAACCUGAAAUUUCCAGAGGAGAUGAGGAAAAUGCUCUUCACGUGUCAGAAAGCAGGCUGGAACCGCUUGCCCAUACAUCCGAAAACUCAGAAGACUUGGCAGAAGAACCAGAGGAGAAUGCAGUGGAGAACGACGAGGAGAUGAUUGUUGACAACGAGGAUCAGUGUGCAUCAGAAACAGAGUUACAUGCAUCACCCCCUGAGAAACGGAGCGAGAAGGAGGAAAUUCCAGUGGAACCUCUUAAUGGUGAGGUAGCAGAAGAAAGCAGUAAGGCUUCACUUACAGCUGAAGAGGAGACUGCAAAUGAAGCUUUAAGUGGUGAAUCGAAACUGCAGUCCGAAAGUCGAGAGGAGCCCUCAACCCUGCUCGUGCCAUUAGUCCUUGAACCUCCAGCAAAAUCUUCAGAAGACGCUGUAUCAGAUAAGGUUUUAAAUGCAAAUAGUUCAGAGGUGCUGGCGGAAGAAACUCCACCGUUAGAGAAGGACGGCACUGAAGAAGAGCAGCAGGAAGCUGAAAAGAAGAAAUCAUCAAAGGAAGAAAAUGCAGCUGCUUCAGCUCCAAGGGAUGAACCCUCGGACAAUGGGCUGCCAAACUCGGUGGUGACCGAAGCAGCAGAAGAAUCUGCGUCUGAAAACGUGUCGCCCAAAACAGCUUCCUCCGUGGAAGAACAGAAUGAGGAAGCAGGGCACAAUUCACAGGAGGCCCCCGUUGCUGUGGGUCAGAGUGGGUUGAUGGUGGCUGAAUUUGAGGGUGUCUCUCCUCAGCAGCCUUCAGGACAGGAGGGCCAGAAGAACCAGGCAGAAGAGCAGCCAGAAGAGUCUGCUGAGCAGAUGGAUCAGUACACGCAGACGGCGGCAGAGAGGGCUGCCGACAGCAGCUCGGAGGAAGCAGAGAUUGAGGUCCCCAUUGUAGAUCGGAGAACCUUGAGAAGAAAGGCCAAAGGCUACAAAGGUCCACCCAAGAAAAAAGGAAAACCAGCCUAAAAGUGAAAUAGUAAUUAAUCUGUUUGUAAGAAAGUUAUUAUUUUGUUUAAAACAGUAGGGUAUAACUAAACCAUGUGGGACACAGGACACCAAUGUUUAAAAUAUAGGGUUGGACUUCCUUUUGGGAUUUAUCACCUUUCCUCAAGUUUUCUUGAAUUUUUAACCUCUAUACUUUGAGCUUCAUCAGAGCAUGAAAGUAAAUGGCCAGUCUCCUCCUUUUAUAAAGGAUUCAUGCUGAAUAAUACAGAAGUUGUGCCAGCAAAGAACAGUUUGCAUAUUUAAGGUGGCAGUCUGGGAAGAAAAAUGGUCAAUAGGCCAAGAAGGGUCUGUUAAGGUCGCUUAAAUUCCCAUAGACAUCACUCUAGAAUUUUUAUAAUCUUGUGUUCUGUACUGUGGAGAGAAGCAGAACUAGGAACAUCCUUCCCCUUUUCUUGUUUCCUUUGCAUAGGCUUUCUCAGAUGAGAUUAAAGAAUGUAAGAUUAAGUAAUUCUAGGUUUCAAAAUCUACAAGCAGGUAUAACUCAAUAGAUCAGCACAAGCAGCACCUGUAUUUUGCUAAACUCGAACUGGAGACUUUGCCCUUCUGAUUCCCAACUCCUGUUUGCUCAUCACGUGAAACAGCCGAGUCAGCAGAGACAGUGUCCACCCAGUAUCUCCCAUAGCACGUUCGGAUAGUCACGUUCUUUAAGGAAAGGUUUAGAGAUGUCUACACAGUAAACUCUUUGUAGCUUCCAGAGCGAAUGUUUUGCUAUGCGUGAGUUUUCCAGAACGUAUGGAGUGCAGCUUCCAGUACACACUAUUUGCUUGUGUUGUAUGGAUACUCGAUGACUGACUUGUUACAGUUCAGGAAAAGGAUGUUGCAGUUUUUGAUCUAGCAUUGGUCUGAAUGGAAGUGGUGCUUUGUGCUUUCAAAAUGCUCAGCUGGUGCUUUGGGUAAUUAAAAUGUCUUUGCUAGGUGUGUGACUCCUGUGAGCUCUGGCAUUGCAGGGGGAUGUGACAUUCAUUAGUUUGAAUAUAAGUGGAGUUUUCAGCAAAUGCUUGCUUGCCAGACUCCUAUGCCUUUAGGAGUUAGCAGGAGAUUGCAGCUAAUAUUUCUGACUCCCACUUUAACUUGGACGUAAUUCCUGGGAUGGUAACUUCCCAGCUUAUCGCUUUCUUAAAAGCAGCAACCAAGCUUUGCAAUAUGCAAGGAGACAGAAAUCACAUCAGGGCUAUUCAAGCAUGUUUCCCUUCAGAGGUAUUCUUGGCAAACAUAAAUUUAACUUGAAAUUGCCACGUAUGCUGUAAGCUAUUUCCUCAUUUGCUAUAUGUUUCUUUCAAUAAAUGAAGCUCCUCUCAGAAUGGGUUAAAAACUCAGGAAUAAGAAACAUCGGUUCUAGGAAUAAGGAAGAGCAGUGGUUUUAAGGACAAAAAAUCACACAAGUCUUUGUCCUGCUUUAUAUUUUCUAAGGUUAGUAAUUCAGUCUUCUACAGUGUCUUGAAAAUAGAGGUAUCUUGAAGUUGAUGUUGAGGAUUUCUAAGUACAAGGUUCACUUGAAUAACUGCAAUGCUGUCUUAAUUUUUAUCUCCCUAUAAAGCAAACACAAGAAUCUGUUCUUUAAUUUUUAUGCUUAUACAGUUUAACUGUAUUUAAAAGAUAUUUUAACUGUAUAAGAUACAUUCUUACUUAAUUGGCUGAAAUGAACAGAACUGUACUCCUUUUUAAUUUGUUCAGGGACACUUAAAAAUGGGGUUUUAGAACUAUGGAUUGCCUAAGCUUUGGAUUUAGGGUACCCGGAAUCACUGAGGUAAACCUGGGUUUCUUGAGGUGUUGCACUUGGCUGUAACAUCCUAGCAAAGCAAGGGUACCGCCGCCGUGAGCCCUUGCUGCAUGGUCAGACCUUUCAUGAUGGUUUAUGAGCUUAUUCAAGUGAACCUUAAGUAUUUCAGAAACUAGACGUUUUCUGUGAAGCUCAUGAGACAAUUUCUGUCGUCUGUAAUAUGGCUUCUCUUUCUACUUUUAAAAAUUAGUGUAAAAACGCGAGAACAUGAUGGCUGGAAAAUCUGUAUUGCAUUGCUAGGAGCUGGGCUUUGAGAGGAUUGAUGAUAGUUAAAAUGGAGGGUUGAAUGAACUAUGUUGUAAACCCAUCUUUCUUUUGUUAGAGUAAGCUUUCCUAAGCAUUAAUCUGUUGAAUUCUUCAAUUGAUAAAAAUGUAUCUACUUGUAAUAAUUCCAAGGAUUCUUUUGUUUAUGAAAGUCCCAGUUAUCUCAGUUUUCUAACUGGAUUUUUGGUGCAUAUGUUUAUACCACUUGUAUUCCCUUUUAAGACUGGAAAACAGUGUUAAUGAGAAAAGGUCAGCUCACUCAUUUACUCUUUCUUUCCACAGUUAAUUCAGUAUUGAUUUCAGUUAACAACCUAUAUUUAAGAUAUACAUGUUGAAUACAUAACUAUUUCAGCAGUGCUGUUGGAUUAAGUUAGAUGUGGAUUCUGCUGAGCUCAGCUAGAUUUCUGAUCUAACUUCGGUGAGUUAGAGGUGGGGUUAAAGGUGUGAAUUUAAGUUCAGUAUUUAAGUGUACUCUUGAGGGGCUGUUUCUGUAAAUCGAGGGUACCCAAGGCAGCAGCUGCUGGACGGAUCGUUAAGAACAGAACCGGGCAGUCGAGGUGGGAUUAGAAAUUCUGAUGUGGAUGGGGAAAACUAGUCAGUUCCAGCUGUGAUUGCAGCAGGACUUUGAACUGCAGGGCACGCUUUAUUUUCUGUAAUAACUUCUUUGGUAUUUACUCCAGGAUGAUCAAUGCCAAGUGGCAAAUCCCAAGUGCUGUCAUGAAGUCAGUGUGUUGCUUG